AUGAAACCCACAAACGUGUCAGAUCAUUUUGUCGCAACCUUUAUAUCUAUCUAUCUAUCUAUCUAUCUAUCUAUCUAUCUAUCUAUCUAUCUAUCUCAAUAUAUUCACAUCAAUCUAUCACUACUCCUUUCUUUCUUUCUUUCUUUCUUUCUUUCUUUCUUUCUUUCUUUCUUUCCCAGUUUAUUCACGUCUAUAUAUCUAUGCGAAUCUGUUCAUAUCUAUCUAUCUAAGUCUGUUCACAUCCAUCUAUUUCCUUCCUUCCUUCCUUCCUUCCUUCCUUCCUUCCUUCCUUCCUUCCUUCCUUCCUUCCUUAAUAUCUAUCUAUCUAUCUAUCUAUCUAUCUAUCUAAGUCUUCUACUCACAUCCAUCUAUCACUUUUCCUUUUCUGUCUUUUUUUCUUUCUUUCUUUCUUUCUUUCUUUCUUUCAAUGUUUCUAUCUAUCUAUCACAUUUUCUCUCUAUCUAUGACCAUUUCUUUCUUUAUAUCUAUCACGUUUCCUAUCUAUCUAUCUAUCUAUCUAUCUAUCUAUCUAUCUAUCUAUCUAUCUUUGUGUUCCCUUCAAUCCAUCUCAUUCAUCCAUUCAUGUAUCUAUCCAAUGUGGUAACACUGCUUCAUUCUUCUAAAGAAAAUACAUAUCUCGGUCUCUUCAUAUCUAUCUAUCUAUCUAUCUAUCUAUCUAUCUAUCACAUUGUGUUCACAUCUAUCUAUCUAUCUAUCACAUUGUGUUCACAUAUAUCUAUCUAUCACAUUGUGUUCACAUCUAUCUAUCUAUCUAUUUAUCUAUCUAUCACAUUGUCUUCACAUCUAUCUAUCUAUCCAUGUGAUUCUGUUUAUCUAUCUAUCUAUCUAUCUAUCACAUUGUGUUCACAUCUAUCUAUCUAUGUGAUUAUGUUUAUCUAUCUAUCUAUCACAUUGUGUUCACAUCUAUCUAUCUAUCUAUCACAUUGUGUUCACAUCUAUCUAUCUAUCUAUCUAUCUAUGUGA